UUUUUGCCCUCCUUCUUUCACUUUGCUUCUUGUAUUUGUUGGCGAAAGUGAUUUUUCGGUUUGGUUAAUUUUCAUAGCUCUGUGAAUCUGAUGUGCUCUUAUAAGUGGAAACUUUGAUUGCGUGUGUGGAUAAUUGAAAAUGAAUAACUUUUUCAGAAAAAUGUGAUAAUUUAAUUGCAUAGCUUUGAAUUUCAAUUGAUAAAGAAAUAUAGAAAUAAAAGAUAUAUAAAAAGUGUAUGAACAAUAGAAUUAGGAUCCCGUACGGUGUGAGGGAUAGAUGUUUGGAGUCUGGUUAAGAGACAUCAUAAGCGGUAUUGCAGUGCGAAGGGAUUGGUAGACCACUGUGGCCAAUUCCAAGUUAAUGCUCGGUAAUUUCCUUCGAUUCGCUUCGAUUUCAUCAUUUGCAAUUUUUCCCUCUUCUCCCAAAGUACAUUUCAUGUCGUCGUUUAUCGUUUCUUAUACUUUCGUACUUUGGUGGUCGAUUUUGAGUUCUUGUUUUAUUAAAUUCGUUUCAUAAAGUUUUUUUGCCAGAAAAACUUAAAGUGUUUUCAUGUGAUUAGACCAAACAAGUCUUGAAUAAAAAAAUAUAUUUAAAAGUGAAAUCCGCCCCAAUUUGACCUGAAACAACGAUAUUAAACGACUCUUACUGCGCAGUCGACAGAGAUAUAAGCGUUAAGGUUGACGCUGACGUUGCUUGUGACGACAGUUACGGUUCUGAUGAAAAAGUGCAGUGUACCUGAAUGCCCUUUACACCCGUAUUUUAGUCGAUCCGCUGCUGGGUUCUUUCUUGCCUGAAUUUGGCAACAGAUUUGUGCUUUCGUUUCGUCGGCGCAAAUCGAAUCGUCAAAGGUACACUGCGUAAUACUCGAGAUGCGAACAGACACGAGCUUCCCAGCAUCAGUCAGUGCGUUCAUAAUUUAGAAGUUAAUUUAUUAAAGUGAAAAACCGAAAGUAUAGAGCAAACAUUCAAUUAUAAAUACCAACUAUAUAGCGACAAAAGGAAAGAAAACUAACUGUCUGUAGUUUCAGCAUCAGCUGAAUAACAUCAUCCAGAUUUACGACAACAGCUACAAACAGUAGACGACGUGUUUUAGCGAAAAGGAGUGACUUUGACACCCCCCUUUGUGGUGUAUUGCAAAGUCUAUAGUUGGUUUAUCCAGCUGAAUUGCACAACACGAGGUAAACGUGCAAACAGUGACGCUGACAGUUUCGAGAUGGCUUGUUUGAACACAUUAAAAUUGGAAAUAAAAACACUGGAAAAAAUAUUUACAAAAAACCACGAGCGCUUUCAGAUACUGAAUUCCAGUGUUGACGAAUUGACAUGUCGCUUCAUAGGCAAAAAUGGCAAGCGUUAUGAUAUUCACGCAAACAUUACGGAAACGUAUCCAUCCUCGCCGCCCGUUUGGUUUGCAGAGAGUGAAGAGACAAGCGUAACAAAUGCCGUACAAAUACUUAGCAAUACGAAUGGACGUGAUAAUCAUGUUAUAAAUCAGGUUGGCAUAUUACUACGCGAACUGUGCCGCCUGCACAAUGUCCCACUGCCACCCGAUAUCGAUAACCUCUCAAUACCGUUUCAAUUGCCACCCCCAAGUGCGUCACCAUUGCAUCAACAGCCGGCAGCGCAGCAUCAGAUCGAGGACAUCGAUUCCGAUCAAGAUGAGGUAGAAGAUCUUAUAUGUGAAAGCGAGCAGGAGAGUGAGGGCGAUGAGGAUCUACCAUUGGAAAUGGACGACGGACGCAGCGCGAAUAAAGUUGAGGAUGAAAUGGAAGUGGAACAUCUGGCCACAUUAGAAAGACUACGACAAAGUCAAAGACAAGACUAUUUAAAGGGUUCUGUUUCUGGUUCCGUUCAAGCGACCGAUCGUCUCAUGAAAGAGCUGCGUGACAUUUACCGAUCCGAUUCUUUUAAGAGUAAUAUGUACUCCAUAGAACUAGUAAACGAUUCGAUAUACGAAUGGAAUAUACGCCUGAAAUCGGUUGAUCCUGACAGCCCGCUACACAACGACUUGGUCAUGCUCAAGGAAAAGGAAGGCAAAGACAGCAUAUUGCUGAAUAUUAUUUUCAAAGAAACUUAUCCAUUUGAGCCGCCAUUUGUACGAGUAGUGCAUCCUAUAAUAUCAGGUGGCUAUGUACUCGUGGGCGGUGCCAUAUGUAUGGAGCUGCUGACAAAACAGGGCUGGAGCUCCGCUUACACUGUGGAAGCUGUCAUCAUGCAAAUCGCCGCAACUCUCGUGAAGGGUAAAGCCAGAAUACAAUUUGGCGCUACAAAGGCAUUAUCACAGGGUCAGUACAGCUUGGCACGUGCACAGCAGAGCUUUAAAUCCCUGGUGCAAAUACAUGAGAAAAAUGGCUGGUUCACACCGCCAAAAGAAGAUGGCUAAAAAUACAGCGGCGGCAUCGUCUUUUUCUCUACCCUAUAUAUCGAGUAGUUCAUGCAUAUUAAUAUACGUUUUUAUCAUUUCCUUGGUUAAAACAAUAAUAAAAAAUGCAAAAUAAUUAGAUCUUAUAAAUAUACUUAAAUUAUAGUUGAUUUAAAACGCAAACAAAUAUAUCCAUGUAUACAUAAAAGGCACUAAGCAUAUAAGAGGACUAGAAAAUGUUAGUAGACACUUAAAAUAUAAGCAAAUAAUUAUAACAAUGAUCACAUUUGGCAGGAAAGCGCAAAUAUUACUAGCAUAGUUUUAAAAACCACUUUGUAAAUCAACACAAUUAGAACAGUAACAAAUAAUAGCCACAUGCAUAGCAUAUGUGAAUCCAAUACGAGAAAUUUGUAUAUGAAGGUUUUUGCACACAGGAAAUUUUCGUUUAUCAUUCGCCAAAAGACCGAAUGCUUUUAAGAUAUCUUAAGUAUGUACUUAUGUAAAUGCGUGUCUAAACAAAAUGGUUUAAGUGUGUCUAAUUUGAGUGCAAAAAUUAGCGUCUACAUUAAUGAAAACCAACUAUGCUAGGCUUUGUGAAUUAAAAAAUAAAUGCGUUUGGGUUUAUUGUUGCAGUAGUGAAAAGAAAGAUUUCCAUAAAUGAAAUAUUUUUAUUUAAUUAUAUCUAUGCAUAUGUGUAAGCAUAUGUUUAGUUCCAAUUACACUCAGAUAGAAGAGAGAAUUUAUGUUCCGCAAGAUUUAGUGCACUACGGUAGGUUAGGAAAUGUAUAUUAUAAUAACAAACGUAUGUAGAAAUAUUUAUUCAAAAAUUUGUAUACAUAUAAAACAAUAAACAAUUACAAAAUUCCAGAUAAUUUAUACAGAAAAUAUUACUUGUGACUACAUAAAUUUCAUUUAAUUUCAUUAACACAAUUGGAGAAAACAUAUUUUAAGUUGUUUUAAUGAAUGAAAAGUUUACCUUUCUUGUUAUGAAAUCGAAAAUUGUACUGUGUACUGAAGUUUUGGUACUGAAAACGCAGCGGACUUUCUAAUAGAAACGCACCAUAGGCGGCCCCAUGGAAUUUUAAAAGCUUCAAAUUUACAUUGAGACAAGAAAAAUCCUCUCAGCAGUAAUUCCCUAAGCUAUUUGUAGAAUAUUAUAUUAAAAACUAGAUUUAUUGUAUUCUAUUUUCCAUACAAAGCUCUCUCGGAAAUUGCAAACAAAAUUUAUUUUAUGAAGAUUUUUUGAAAACCAGCGACAUUUUAUUUAUUCGUAGGUUUUAUUUUCAUAUCAAUCAGUUGUCUCACGUGUGUCUAUGUGCGAUUUAUAGUUUUCUCUAUUUUGUUUAUUUUCUUACUAAAUCAAAUUUAACUAAAAAUCUCUCCUUUAGUAGUCUAUUAAAUAAGCACAAUUAAGGUGUCCAUAUUAAUCGAGUUUUUAUGUUUGCCAAGAACUACAAAUAAAUACGUACAACAAUUGCAGUUGAUUCGUAAUUAAAAUAUUUAAUAAUGAUUAAAUUCAAUUUGCACCAAUAAGAAAUGUAAAAACCAUAAAAUCAUUAAAAAAAAAAACAUUAUUAUUUAAGUUUGUAUUGUAUAUUCAUAAAAAUCACAUUCAUGCCGUGUGGAAAUGCUGAAAAAUGAUUGUGUGCUGGUAGUUAUACUAAGAAGUUCGGUACGUACACCCACAAUAAAUGUUAUUAAAAAGGCUAGUUGUAAGAUCGCUAUCAUACUGCAUGUAUUUAUAAAUUACUUGAAACGAUAAACAAACUUUCUAUUCAGUUCAGGUUAAAUAUCAACAAAAUAAUAGGCGUACAACUACAUAGGUAGAAACGUAUACUAUGUACCAUAUGCAUAUGCUAAAAAUUUGUGGCGUGUAGUUUACGUUAAGGUAUACACACAUACAUAUAGUAUAUAUUGUAUUUUAAAAUGUCGAAGUAAAUAUGCUAACUACCUAUAUAAUACAUUGAAUACCCACAUAUAAGUAAUAAAGCUGCAUUAUUAUUAAUA